GUCGACUUUACGCAUGCUGUGGUCGUGGGCGAUAGAGCAGAGUAUCUGUUCCGAGAAGACCUGAGAGAUUUGGGACUCUUGAUCUCUCAAGCACUGGAUGAUGUACCCAUGGCGCUUACGAUCCCGCCCACCCAACAGAACGUACCCGAAUUAGCGGAUUUGAUCGUACAAAUGGUCGAUACGGAAACAGAUGGAGAGGAGAGGGGCGGAUGGGUUCCAGGGAUCGUACCGCAUACCGGGGGUGUGGAGGUACUGGAGCAAGUUGAGUUCUCGACUGCUUUGGAUGCGCUUGACCAUGACUUUUGUGGGACACGAGGGGUCUCGUGCAUUCACAGGCCGGAAGAACAACUACCCCAAUUAGCAUCCAAAUUUUACCCUAUGAUAGAUGGACCUACUUGA